GGGAUGCAUCUCGGUUCCAAAACGAAUGCAAUCAACUUCACCCGGUCCCAGACACGCCUAACCGGCCACUCGCGAAACACUAAUCGAAUCCCCUCAUUGCAACAUCCAAUCAGUGAAGACUUACCCCGGAAGGAAGCAACACCCCACCCACCCGUGUGUUGUUGCUGUAAAAUGAAAUGAAUUGAAACUUCUCUAAAAAUUGUAAAUGUAAGUUUCACUAUCAUCAAGCCGAUUUGUUACAUUGUUUCCGGUGUGUAUCAUUUUCAGGAAUUUCGUUGAAGAGUCUAAGAUGGGGUAUAUGCGGGUAGAGGAGCACAAUUCCAACAUGUUACAUCUGAAAAGGUCACCUGGCAUCCGCUCCUGGUCGCUGCUUGUAGGUAUUGCGUCCAUUGGCCUGGCUGCUGCGUACUACACUUCAGACAGUAUUUUGUGGAAGCUGUUCUACGUGACGGGCUGUCUGUUCGUGGCCAUGCAGAACAUGGAGGAGUGGGAGGAGGCAGUGUUUGAUAAAACCAAGAAUGUGAUAGAGCUGAAGACCUUCAGUCUGUACACUCUGAUUCUCACCAUGUGGAGGAGAGGCCAGGAGAAAGUGGUGCUGGACAUGAGGCACCUGCGUGCCGUGUGUGUUCAGGAGGAGAAGGUGCGCUACCUGGGAAAGGGUUACCUGCUGGUGCUGCGGCUGACAACAGGUUUCUCCUACCCCCUCACACAGAGCGCCACCAUGGGGGGACGCAGUGAUGUGGAGGCACUGGCUUCGUUGCUCAAGCGUUUCCUGGGUCUGGAGGAGCUCCAGUGUCGCUGGGAGCUGGAGGAAGAGGAGGAAGAAGAGGAAGAGGAGGAAGAUGACCUGGACCCCAGCACUGACUCAGAAGAAGAGGGGGACUUUGAACCCCCCGUGCAGUAGUGAUGAGGAGAGGAAACCACUGUAGACUUGAAAUGCACACAAACAUAUUUUACAGAAUUUCGUAGUAUUAUCCCUGAUACUGUAAAUGUCCUUAAACACUCUCUUGAGUGGUCGUUUUCCACCGAAGAUUUCAACUAAAUCAUAGUUUGGUGUCUGGCCUGUUCUUAAAAAAACAAUGAUCAUUACUGUAUAGUAUCUGCAUUACACACCUAUCCUUAUAGUUACAGUGCCUUUUAUUUAAAUGUAAUCAGUAUUUGUGUGGAAAAACUCAUUCAAACAUGCCAACAGGAUAGGCAACACAUUGGUGUGUUUGAGACCACCCAAGUGCAUGACUCUGCUCACUACAACCAUCCAUCUGAAUGCAUGUGACCGUAAACUAUAAUCAAGCAUGAAGGAUUUCCAGGGAUCAGUUAAGAAUAUUUAUGAACGUUAAUACUUGCAUGUUCAUGUGUCUGUCAGCAUUCAUAGGUCUUAUUGCCAGGGCCGAACAGAAUCCGGGAAGGCAAAACCUUUAAAAACCUCUUGAAAGGACUUAAUCUAACAUGGUUUAAUAUUCAUAGAGAACGCUACAGAUUGUCUCAGGUAACAUUCCUGUCCAUAGACUGUAAUGUGUUAGUAAUAAUGUGUAUAUUUGACAGGAAUGCUGUAUUACAUUGCAUCUGGACAGUAUUAACUACUGUGUCUGUUAAUGAGAGGAAGGUGAGUGACGACGCCUUGUGUUGCUUGAAAGAAAGAUGAUGAAUGAGAGAUUUGUAAGUUUAAACAUUUUUUAAUGUGUCCAGUUUCUGCUGGAUGUCUGCAGGUACUGAUUUACCUUAUUUUUUAAAAAUGUUCAUACAUUUAUUUGUGCAUUUUUUUUGGUAAAAAAAUUAAAGGGAAUUAAAUUAGCUUUUUGAUAA